AUGUCAAAGUUAUCACUCUUAGCUGUUUUCCAGCUAAUAAUGUUGGUUAAUGCCUUCAAUAUUACAACUACACUCACUAAACAAGGUAGUACAUCUACUGUUACAAGAACUCAUUUUAGUGAAAAUGUUAAAGAAUCAGAAUCUUAUUCACUUUAUCAAAAUCAAACGGAAACUAUUGGUGUUCCAUAUGUCAAUGCUCAUUUUUCAACUGGUUCAAGCUCGGCUGCUCAAGCAUCUGGUUAUUCAAAUGUGACUUAUUCAAAUGAAUUAGCUUCUGCUACUGAUAUUUCAUCAUCAGAAUCAUCCAGUGAAUCCCAAUCUUCAUCUACUUCACUUGAUGUUGUUACCACUACAAAAGUACAAACACAAUAUUCUGUUGCUAAUCCAUACAACCCACAAUCCACUUAUGAACCAGCUGGUGGUUCUCAAUCUGAUGCUGAUCAAGGUUAUCCAGAAAUAUCACAAUCAAGAAUUGCUAUUGGAACUACAAAGAAAGUUGUCACUUUAACUACACAAUUAACUUCUACACCAUCUGCUGAAGUCAUUUUAGUUACAACUACUGCUACAACUAAGACUUCAACAAUUUAUACUGCUUCAGUUACUGGUAUUUACUCUGAACAAGGUGCUCGUGCUUCUCCAGUUCCAACUACUGCUUCAAAUCCAUUAUUCACAAAUAGUCAAGUUUCUGAAGCACAAACCAAUUCUAUUGCUACUUCAAGUUUCACUAAAGAUAGAACAAUUACUGUUUCAACAACAUCAACUUCCAGUAUUGCUUCAAAUUCAGCUUCUUAUUCAGGAAAAGGAUCAAGUCAUACUUCCAUAUCUGGUGCGGCUUCUAUUUCAGGAACAACUAUUUCUUCAGUUGGCUAUCAUAAUUCUUCAAUUCCAUAUGAAAGUUUGAGCUCCUCAGCUUUAGAUGAAUCAUCAUCAAUCCUGAGUGGUAGUUCACUUUCUCAAGUUGCUUCAUCUUCUGAAAAUGUCACUGCAACUUUAUCAUCCUCAGAAUUAUCAAGGUCUACUGAAUUAGAAUCAUCAUUAUCUGGAAGUUCAUCAUCAUCAUCAUCAUUAUUAGAAAGCUCAUCUUCAGUUGCUACCUCAUCAUCAGCUUCCAACAUUGAUGCUGCAGGUGCUGUCUCAUCUUCACACUCUGUCUCUGUAUCAGCAACCGGUACAACAACAUUACAAACAACUUCUCAAACACCAGAAGCAACAUCAUUUAAUUUAUUCUCUGCUAUUGAUACUCAAUCACCACCAAAUAUUUUCAAAAGAGAAGCAUUACCAUUAGAGUUACCAGAAGGUGUGGAAAGUGAUGAUAAACCAAUUGAAACUAAUAAAUUUUGGGGUAAUUUGAUUUUAUCAAAACAGACUGAUGGUGUUUGGACUUAUCCAUAUGGUUUCUUCAAAUCAGUUACAGAUUACUAUGGGUUUGCUGUUUCUCAUACAAACUCUUCACAAUACGUUUUUGGUAAUUAUGAUAGUGAUGGUACUGCUGAAUAUUAUUUCAACCCAAUUGGUCUUGGUUCUUUCAUUUUCAGUGCUAAAGGAUUUACUGAAGAUAAUCUAGGUAUGGAUAUCAGUGAAAUGAAAUCAAUGUCCACUUUAGUUACUUUAUUCAAUAACCAAAGCUCACCAGAUUCAGAUUUUAUUGAUUUAUCAUUAGUUCAAGGUAUGGGUUUUGCUACAGCUGUUUAUAAUGGUAACUUAACUCCAUUGUUGAAUUCUAAUGUUGGUUUUGCUAAAUUAGUUCAAGAAACUUCAACUUCAUUAGAUUCUAAAAUUCAAAAAUAUCGUGCUUCUUUAAACAAUGGUGUUGAUUGGUUAUUAUAUGUAACCUUACCAUCUUCAUCUACUGAUUUCAAACUUUCUGCUACUGGUUCAUUUGCUAUCACUGGUUCCAAAGCUGUCGAUGGAUUAAUUAUUCAAGUAGCUGUUGCUCCAAGCUCAAAUGAAGCUUAUUAUGAUCAAGCUGCUGGUACUUAUGUUACAGAUGCCACUGUUCAAGGUUCAUCAAAUGGUGUUUCUGCUAAUUAUCAAUUCAAAUAUGCAACAAAAGGUCAAAGUUCUUCAGGUAAUCCAAUUGUCUUCGCAUUACCACAUCAUUUGAAAUCAUUUACUUCAGCAACUACCAGGAGAUCAACUGGUAUUUCAUUAGAUUCUUCAACUAAAGGUACAAUGUAUGCUUAUUUAACUGAUUAUUUACAAUUUUCAGACUCUUUCAAUAAUGAUGUUCAAUGGUUACCAUGGUCUCAACAAAUCACUAAAGACUUAUCUUACACUGCUGAUCAAUUAAAAUUAAUUGCAUCUGUUGCUAAUGAUGAAUUAAAUGUUGAUUUUGCUAGCUCUGUUAAAGGUCUUGGUAUGUAUACAGCAGGUAAAUUCUUGGAUAAAUAUGCAUAUAUGUUAUUAGUCAUUGAUGAAAUUAUUCAAGAUGAUUCAGUUAGAAAUUCAACAUUAGAAAGAUUAAAAGAUGCUUUUGAUAUCUUCUUACAAAAUGAACAAGAAUUUUCAUUGAUGUAUGAUACUCGUUAUAAAGGUGUUACUUCAACUGCUGCUCAAAAUGGUGAUACUGGUGCUGAUUAUGGUGGUCCAUAUUACAAUGAUCAUCAUUUCCAUUACGGUUAUUUCGUUCAUGCAGCUGCUGUCAUUGGUUAUGUUGAUGCUAAACAAGGUGGUUCAUGGGCUCAAGAUAACAAAGAUUGGGUUAAUUCAUUAGUUAGAGAUGUUGCUAAUCCAACAGAUGAUGAUUCAUAUUUCCCAGUUUCAAGAUCAUUUGAUUGGUUUGCCGGUCAUUCAUGGGCUGCUGGUUUAUUUACUGCAGGUGAUGGUAAAAAUGAAGAAUCCACUUCGGAAGAUUAUAAUUUUGCUUAUGGUAUGAAAUUAUGGGGUAAUGUUAUUGGUGAUCAAAGUAUGGAAGCUAGAGGUAAUUUGAUGAUUUCCAUAUUGGCAAAAUCUUUGAAUGAUUAUUUCUUAUUCUCAGAUGAUAAUGACAUUCAACCAAAUGAAAUCAUUGGCAAUAAAGUUAGUGGUAUUUUAUUUGAUAACAAGGUUGAUUAUACAACUUGGUUUGGUACCAAUAAGGAAUAUAUUCAUGGUAUUCAUAUGUUACCAAUAACUCCAGUUUCUUCAGUCAUUAGAGGACCAAAUUUUGUCAAACAAGAAUGGGAUCAAAAGAUUUCAUCAAUUGUUGAUACUUUAAAUAGUGGUUGGACUGGUAUUUUGAGAUUGAAUCAAGCAUUAACAGAUCCAAAAGCUUCUUACAACUUCUUCUCACAAGAUAAUUUCUCAAAUACUUGGUUGGAUAAUGGUUUAAGUAGAACAUGGUGUUUGGCUUUCAGUGGUGGUUUAGUAAAUUCACUUUGA